GAAGAAAGAAGGGAGAAGGGAAGGAUGUCCAGGCCUGUGGCGAGGAAGGCGGCGCCCAAGGGGGAGUAUAUUGAGACGGUGAGUUUUGUCUUUUCUGUCCCUUGUGCCUGUUUUGAUCUUUUUGGGGGGGUUCGACUCGUGGGUCGUUUUUCUUCAAAGGAGGAUGCUAGGCUGUGGAUCGGGGGUUUGAAGGUGUUGCUUUUCUAUCUUAUGUCAUUUUGGUCUUUGAUGGGUACGGAGAGGUUGGCGAUGGUAUCAAUGGAGGGGCUGGAUUCUUUCGUUUUUAAGGAGCCUUUUCUUGUUUAGCACUCGGGGCAUUGGUUUUCUGGUUUUUCUUUGUUUCGUUCUCGUCUCAAUCAUGUUUACGCUCCUUCUUUAUCUCCUCCUCUCCCCCCUCAAAUCAUCUCCUCCAUCUCACCCCCUUCCCCUCUCUCAAUCCGUCACACUAACCCCCUCCCAGGACUCCGGCAACAAAGUCUCCCGCCGCGCCGCCAUCACCGGCACCGCCAACAUCACCCUCGGCGGCCGCACCGUCAUCAUGGCCGACGUGCAUCUGCGGGGCGACCUGCACAGCACACGCAGCGUGCCACAGCAGGCUUCUUCUUCUUCUUCUUCCAGCGUGGGCAAGGACGGCAAACCCGCGGCCAGCAGCGUGAGUAGUACGCCCACGGCGAUCGCCAUCGGCAGGUGUACGGUGAUUAGCACGGGGACGGUGCUUCGGCCGCCGCAGCGGGUGAGCCGGGGAAGUGUGCAUUUCUACCCCAUGAAGAUUGGGGAUAAUGUUUUUGUUGGUAUGUUUUUGUUUUCGUUUUUUGCUGUUGGGAGUUUUGGUUGUCUGGAGUUGGAGGGAGUUUCUUGUUUAUUGGUUUUGAACUUUUUUUUAGCCACUUUUCUGAGUUUUAUUUGGAUCCGAGGCGAGGAGGGUAGAGGUCGGCUGUAUACUUGAGUCUUGUACCUCUACCUCUCUCUGUCUCUCCCUUCUCCGCUCUCCCCGCCUUUCGCCAUAUUAUCCCCCGACACACAGCCCCUUCCAUCUCAGACACAUCUAACCACACCACCCCAGGACCCAACUGCACCAUCUCCGCCAUCCAAAUCUCCUCGCACGUGCACAUCGGCGCAAACACCAUCAUCCACCCCUUCGCCAUGAUCAAGGAAAACGUCAAGAUCCUGCCGCACACGGUCGUAC